AGAAGAAUGGGUUUUUACGAGGAUUUCUUCGCCAACACUUAUCCACUAAAAGAUUACAGAUUCACUAAAAAUAUGGAACACCAACGACGGAGCCCACAAGAAACUGAAAAAUAUUACGAAGAACAAAAGAAAAUUUUGAGAAAUGUUCAGCACAAGAAGCUAUUGGAGAAACAAGAAGCGAACAGCAGCGCAUUAAGAUAUGCACUUCAAAGGUUCAGCCUAGAGAAGGAACAUCUUGAGAACUCCAUUAAAAAAUCAAAAAAUAUGAGAAAUCAAUCCGAGGAGGCAUACCUAUCCGAACUUAAACGCCAGGGAUUGGAAAAACACGCCGCAAAUGUAAAACACCAAGAAACAAUGUUAAGAAUGAGUUGCUCAACCGAACUGGAUAAUCGAAGACUGCAGCUGGAACAUCAAGCUGAACGUGACAGGAUCAAUUUGGAAUCUGAAAUGAAGAAAGGGAAGUUAGCGGAGGCUAAGAGAAACGAUAAACUUGAAAAACACUUUAAUGAUGUCGUUCAAAACGCGAAGAGAGCGGGCUCAUCGUUAUUAACUGCAGUGGUGUGUUUAAUUGAAUUGGUGCAAAAUAAAGCUGGAGAAGAUUCGAAAACCAUUGCAAAUCGUCAGAUUGCAUUGAGUGGUGUGAAGAAUGAAUUUUAUAAAUUGGCGGAAGCAUCUGAAGACAUUUCAAAACUCCAGGGGAUUAACUGCAUAGAAGACAAAAUCAACAAAAACGUUGCAGUAGAGAUUUUCAGUGAAAUAGCCGAUGCUCGAAAUUGCAUGAACACAUUUGUGGACUCCUUUGAAAAUGAAAAAAUAUCGUUUAAAACUUUGCAAGUCUUCAGGAGAAGAAUAGAGGUUUUAAUAGCACUUCUAGACUUUCUGGUGGAAAUUGAACGGAAAAAUCAUGCUGCUAACGUGAUCAAUGACAGCGAGCACUUCGCGUUUAAUAACAUAAGAAGGAGAGUGCCAGUGUGGAAACUUCUAUCAAUAGACAUGUUCCUCUACAUUUUGUUAAUUUUUUCCACUUUUCAUUUCUAUCGAUAUGUUUUUCUCAAGGCUAAUAUUUUGUAGCAUCCCAUUAUAGCAUCGAAUGAGCACCAAUAAAU